AGUAACUUGGCUAUUACGCACAUUGCGUUCUUAUGAUAUAUAUUCCGUGGUACAAAUUCAAUUAGUUUUAAUUUAAAAACGCAACAGUUAUAUUCAAAUAGUUAUUAGUUAUUGAAUUAACUUAUGUAGUUUAUACGAUAUUUCAAUCUUUGGAAAAAAAUAUUACUUGAAUAAUAAUAACUUAAAUUUAAAUACAAGUACCUAAAAACUAUUUGAGUUGAACGAUAAUCAAAUUGGAUAAAUAUUAUAAAUCAAAUCCAAACAAAAAUAAUUGGAAGGGGUUCUGAAUGAAAAUUGUUCACGAGAACCAAUAUCUGUACAAAAACUUGUGUUUAGUAGUGGUAACUUGGCUAUUACGCACAUCGCGUUCUUAUGAUAUGUAUUUCAUAAUAUACAAUUCGAUUGGUUUUUAUUUAAAACGCGACAGUUAUAUUCGGAUAGUCAUUAGUUAUUAAACUAACUUAUGAAGUUCAUACGAUAUUUCAAUAUUUGGAAAAAAUAUUACUUGAAUAAUAAUAACUGAAAUUUAAAUACAAGUACCUAAAAACUAUUUGAGUUGAACGAUAAUCAAAUUGGAUAAAUAUCAUCAAGCAAAUCCAAACAAAAUUAAUUAUUCUUGAACAAUGUGGUUUGAAUACAUUUGGAUAGCGUUAACAGCUAUAGCUGUAAUAUCAAAUAAAGGUGUAUCUCAUGCCCAGAGUCAAAACACUAGUGAAUCUAAAAUAAAAAAUCUAAGAAAUGAUUAUGUUCAGGAAGAACACGAUACACCAAAUACAGAAAACCUCACACGUAUUAUAAAUAACGGAAACAAAAUAAAUACCCAAACAUUGUUUGGAGAUAUUAUUGCGAAUAGUAUGAACAACUUUUUACCCUUUUCAAAUGUCAAUGAAAAUUGUACUAGGGAUGGACAACAAUUCAUGAAUGGUUUAAAUAACCAAACAUUAUGGGCUGUUAAAAUGUACACCUCUUCGUCAAAAUAUCCUGGGUCCAUUUUAUCCGGUCACGUCAACGAAUUGGGAUACUUUGACCAAUGCAUGCGCGUUUCAUCACAACGUCUUGGGAUUCACGGAGCAUACGCCAUAGCAAACAUACGGCUCCACCUUUCUGCAGUAGACGAACCUCCCGAACCGCUCAACCAAUUUGACAUAAUCAAAGCGGAUCGGGAACAAUCGAAAAGAGACGCGGUGGCAGAAGUACCGGAAAACCUAUUGUGGGCGUUGUGUUUUCCAGACUCGUGUACCAACGAAGACAUAAGGUUAUCCGUCGCCCGGGCGUUGAAACCAGCUUUCCUUACGAGCAACAUCAGCGUGAAAGUCGCAGUGCCACCGUUGAUGUACACGUCUAAGAACACCACGAUGGAGUAUACAAAUACGGUUUCGAUCAUCUAUGGAAUAUUCAUCGUGGGCAUUGCAUUGGUGAUCGCCGGCACGAUAUACGAAUUAUUUGCAGAUAAACUCGGGAAACCUACUUUUGUCGGUAAGUGUUUACAUUCUUACUCGAUGAUAACAAAUAUGAGAAACUUAUUAGAAGAACCAAAAACUAAAGACUUUGCCGUAACCAAUGGGCUUAAGACGUUGGGAAUAAUAUCUGUGAUAAUUGGUCAUAGAGUUGCACUAAACUUAGGACUCCCAUCAUUUGAUCCGGCUGAGCUCUCGGAACGCAUUUUAGCGAUUUUUGGUGUCGUUUCUCAAGUCUCCGGUUGCAGUUGAGAUAUUUUUUGUAAUAAGUGGGUUUUUUAC